AUGCAUCCCCAGUCGAAAGCAGACCUCCAUGUCAUCGUGAUAGGUGCCGGCAUGGGUGGCCUCUCAGCGGCCAUCUCCGUUAGGUUGUCCGGCCACAGGGUCACGCUCUUCGAGGCGGCAGAGGAGCUCCUAGAAGUCGGUGCCGGUAUCCAGCUGACCCCCAACUGCACUCGCAUCUUGCAGAAAUGGAACAUAUCGCCCAAGCUGUGGGCGGCGGGGGCCAAGCCAUCGGAGCUGCUGGUGCACAGAUACUCGGGCCAGGUGUUGGCCAGGGAGGAACAGUUCGACAGCAAGAUGAGACAAAGAUAUGGCUCCCCGUACUUUUGCAUGCACCGGGUCGACUUCCAGCGUGCGCUUUACGAGCGCGCAAAGGAGUUGGGCGUCACGUUCAGGCUGGGCCAGAGGGUGGCGCACAUCGACUUUGACGCCGCCACCAUCUUCACCGAGGCCGGCGUGACGCAGAAGGGGGAUCUCAUCGUCGCGGCCGACGGGCUGUGGUCAAACGCCAGGAAUAUGUUUUCCGGACCCCAUGACGUCCCGAAGCCGACGGGCGACCUGGCAUAUCGUGUGGUGCUUCGGCUGGACCAGAUUGAGGACAGCGAGCUCAGAGAAUGGGUGUCGAAUCCAAAGGUGCGACUUUGGAUUGGGCCGGACGCACACGCCGUCGGGUAUUCUCUCCGAGGCGGGAGCAUGUACAACAUUGUGCUCCUCGUCCCGGACAACCUUCCACCCGAUGUCAGUCGCCAAGAAGGGUCUGUAGAGGAGAUGAGGUCGCUGUUCCAAGGGUGGGAUCCUGUAUUGACCAGGUUCUUGGCGCUUGUGGAUAAUGUGACCAAGUGGAAGCUCAUGCACAGGGAACAACUCCCUUCCUGGGUCAACAAAAAGUCCAACCUCGUGUUCCUGGGCGACGCUUGCCAUCCUAUGCUGCCCUACCUCGGCCAAGGCGCCAACUCGGCCGUGGAGGACGGCGCAGUCCUCGGCCUCCUCCUCGGGCACAUUUCCUCCAAAGAAGACCUGCCCCAGGCGCUGAGGAGAUAUGAGAAGCUGCGAAAACCCAGGGGCGACGCCAUACACGAUGCGACUUUCGAUCAGAGAGAUGAUUUCCACCUACCAGACGGCCCGGAACAAGAGGCGCGAGACGCGAUAUUUUUAUCCCAGCUGGGCAAAGAUCAGCUCAAGGCGCCCUUCCCCAGCAGGUGGACGUGCCCCCAAGUCCAGCCGUGGCUGUACGGCUAUGAUGCAUAUGCAGAGGUCGAGAAGGAAAUGAUGGCGAACCCGUUUGAAAGCAGCAGGGAUGACUACAGACAGCUUGAGAAGGCACUGAUGGCCAUGACGCUCGAGAGCAGACUGUGA